GCCAUGGAGACGCGGCGGCCGCUGGGCCAUGGCGGACUCGCUGGUGCUGCGGGCGCUGCGGGGCAACGCGCGGCACCUGGACCUGGGCGGCAAGAAGCUGCGGCGGGUGCCGAAGGCGGUGGGCCGGCUGCAGGCGCUGACCCGGCUCCAGCUGAGGAAUAACCUCAUCACCGAGCUGCCGGCGGAGCUGCAAGCACUCGACAACUUGACUGAUCUCAACCUGGGAAAUAACUCACUUGAAGCACUUCCAGAAGUUCUGAAGCAUCUAACACAAUUAAAGAAGCUACAUCUGUUUGGUAACAAACUAGGCAAUUUGUCACCAAGUGUGUUAGAGGGCUUAGGAAACUUAGUUUUCUUGAAUCUGAAUGACAACAAGCUGACAACUCUGCCUGCUGAAAUGGACAGGCUGUUGGAACUCAAGUAUCUUUACGUCAACAACAAUCAACUGGGUAGCAUUCCGAACAAACUUUGUCUCCUGCAGCAUCUUUGUGAGCUGCACUUAGCAAACAAUAACCUUAAAUUACUUCCACAUGAUAUUGGAUAUUUGACUAACCUAAAGAAGCUUUCUCUGCCAAGAAACCAAAUCGAGGAGCUUCCAGAAGAAUUGAGCAAACUAUGCAAUUUAAAAGUUCUCGAUGUGGCUGGAAAUCUGUUAACUAUCUUUCCAACAAAGUUGUUGGAGCUGAAAUUGGAUGAACUUUACUAUGAGCAGAAUCCACUGUUGGAAAAAAAUCUGAUUUCAUCAGCACAACAAAAUGAAGUUUUAUCUCUUCAGGAGAUUACAGCAAGAUAUAUCAUGGAUGAGAUGACGAGCAAUUCAAUAAAUUCCAUUUUUAAACAUUACUCGGAAGUGAAAAAGAUAUUGGAAAAUGCGAGCAAGUGUGCUGUAUGUGGAAAAAGUUUUCUCAACACAUGGCUUGAAUGUGUGACGUUUGUUGAUCUAACACGGAAAAUUAGAAUGACCAGUUCCGCUCGUGUUAUCCCGGUCCGAGCCUUCCUUUGUUCAUAUAGUUGUUUCAAUGAACCAGGCCAUCACUACUAUGGGAUAGCGACACCAUAAUACUGGAUAAUGACUAUUAAUAAAGUGAAGAGAGAGUUCAAGAAA